CUGUUAAGAGAGAGGCAGGGACACACACACACAGACACACACCGAUCUGCAUACAGCUCUGUGAACAUGACAAAGUGAGGACGACGAUGGAAACUAAAGCAAAGAAUGGAAUCAAGACCCCCCUGCUAAACGAAGGCCGAGGUUCCAGAAAUCGUUGCCUCAUGAAGUGCAGCUUCAUCCUUCUCUUCAUGGUUUUAUCUGUGGUAUCGUUCAUGCUGUACUACAUGGACUUCAGCGAUCAGAGCAGCUGUAAAUCCAGCGGGAAACUCUGCAUUUUCAGAAAGAUAACUAACAUAAUACCUACCAAAAUGGCGCCGGUACCCACCACCAUCACUCCGUUACGUCCCACUGAGCCAGCCAGCGUCUGCUCCUUCCACUCUGCGUCACCUGAAAACGCCACAGAGGUCAACUUGUUGAAGGAGUCCAUCGCCUGGCCUGAAACGCCGUCUGUACCGCCUGGCUUUUCCCUGAAUGACACCAGUGAUCCCGCUCACAGCACCUUCACCAUUCUCCCACGGAGAGGAGGGGGAAGUUGGCACGUCGGGGAUCAGCUGGAGGUUCUGAUAAAAGUCUCUGACUUCCGUGGUCGCCCCAGGAAGUCUGGGGGAGACUUGCUGUACGCUCGGCUGCAGAACCGUGCUGUGUUUGCAGGCGUGGCGGGGAAAGUGUUUGAUCAUCGCAACGGUUCCUACACCGCUGUGUUCUCUUUACUCUGGGAAGGAGACGCAAAAGUUGAGGUCUCCUUGGUUCACCCCAGUGAGGGAAUCACAGUCUUGGCCAAAGUGACCCAAGAGUAUCCAGACAGAGCAUAUUUUCUAAGUGUCUUUCGCUCAGGCUCCAUCUCAGAGACGGUUAGAUGCAACGUUUGCCUCAAGGGUCCCAAAGAGAAGCUGUGCAACUACACCGACCUCCACACGGGUGAGCCCUGGUUCUGCUACAAGCCAAAGAAACUGACCUACGACAAAAGGAUCACCCACGUCAAAGGAGGAGUCAUUUUCAAACCAAAAUUCAACAAAAAUCAGCUCUUUCAAAGUGGUGUCAACAUGAAAGUCUCCAUUCCAUCAUCAGGACCUUCCAGCAUCAACAUUUUACCCAAACUUAAAGAUGGAGCCAAUGAAAUAGUGAAGACUAAACCUGCUGGUUAUUACUACCAGGGAGCGUGGCAAGCAUUAGACGGCACCACAGUCCGUCAGUUUAACAACGCCACAGCGAGAACCCAGUGUCUGAAAGGGAAAGUGGUCCACCUCUAUGGAGACUCCACUGUCAGACAAUUUUUUGAAUUUUUAAUUCAAACAACCCCAGAUAUCAAGAAGUUUGACCUUAAAAGUCCUGGGACGGCAGGACCUUACCUGGCCUUGGAUUACAAAAACAACAUCUUACUGACGUACCGAUGCCAUGGCACCCCCAUCCUUUACACUCCCAUGAUGGCUGUUGAGACACGUCACAUUGCCACCGAGUUGAGAACUGUGGCCGGAGGCCCCAACACCGUCAUAGUGAUUAGCGUCUGGGCACACUUCACCUCUUUCCCUAUUGAGGUCUACAUCAGACGUCUCCUAAACAUAAAGAGGGCAGUGGUGGAGCUGUUGACCAGAUCUCCAGACACACUGGUCAUCAUCAGGACUUCUAAUCCCAAAGGGUCAGUUCUCAGUGAGAUAUGGACCAGCAGUGACUGGUAUGCCCUGCAGUGUUAUAAAGUCGUCAAGGAAAUAUUCAAAGGGGUGAACGUCCAGCUGCUGGACGCCUGGGAGAUGUGCGUGUCCCACCACCUGCCACACAGCCUCCACCCACAGCCUCCCAUCAUAAAGAACAUGAUCGAUGUUGUUUUGUCGCACACCUGUCCCCUUGGUGGAAAACAAUGAGGAAAACAGUCAGGAAAACAAUGAAGUGGCAAAUGGGACUGAAAUAAAAUGCAGCUACUCUACUCGCACCUUGAUGUCUUGUACAAAUGAAGUGAAACCCAAUAAUUCAGAUGAUGAAGUCCAUUAUCAACAAAAUAGAAGUAGAUUAAGUCAAUUUUGCAAACAAAUGAUCAAAAUAGACUGUUAACAAGGAGUUGAGGAAUCCACCACUGAGUUGAAAGUAGCUUUGGAGAUUUCUCCACACAGUUGGGAUGGACCAGAACAUGUCUGUACUUAGUUACAUUUCUAGGGAUAAAUACUAAUGUGCCAAUUUGUUGACUUACACUGGUGUCCGUUGCUGUUGCUUGUGGAUGUACGCUCCCCUCUUUGUCAGCUACAUGCUAAAGGGUAGCUGUUGUCUACAUGUCUCUGUUCUUGUUAAGAACAGAGCACUUAGUCGUGUUGUGUUUUGACCACACUUCCUUUCGGCCUCCUUUUGUAGAAAUUUCAGAUCCGUUUCUCUUAAAUGGAUUCUAAGUUCACGACUUAGCAGAAAGACGUUUGUGUUGUACGCUCUCUCCCUUGUGUCUUACUGCUCGCUCCUAAACAUCAGAGGAAAUAAACCUGAAGAAUCUGGUGGGAAAUGUUCCACCUACAACCUCAGCGUGCGAGUGUUGCAAAAUGUUUUGCAUAUCUGGUUCGGAUGUACACACUAGUUUAGCAUUUGAUGACAAGUAAUUAAUGAGGCAUAAAGAAACAAAGACCCAUCCAGUCGAUUGUAUGCAGGCAUGAGGUUGGACCUGUGUUUAUGACGCACUGUAAAUCACAAGGAUGACCUUAUCUUUAAACAUGCAGUCGCCAUCUCUGAUCUUUUACCUUUUUUUUCUUGUUCAAAGCUCCCUCAGUAAGACCAGUUCUUAAGUGAUGAUCGGCGCCACUGAUUUGACCUUUUCUGAAUGAAACUGUGUGAGCAGCAAAACUGAGAGAACAAGAGAGUUAGGAUAAAACAAACUCAAGAGAGCACUAACAUGUUUUAUAAAGUUAAGCAGCUAUGAUUUAGUUUUGUACAACCUUUCAUCUUCCUAUGUAAGCAUUGUACAAGAAUCCAUUCUAUUGCUGUCUUUUGAUGGUUAUCAAGAAAUUCAGAUGUAAAAACUACAAAAGAAAAAAAAAUCCCAGCAUUCACUUGAGUUUAUUUAAGGUUUAGUUUAUUUUUAAGGUGAAGGUUCAUACUCCAUAAACCGUCAUUUAUUUAUUCUAAAGAUUCAUUAACAACCUGAAGUCUUAAAAGAUUUACUGUUCCAAACUGAACAACUGUAUAUCUUAACUUAUAUUAAUGCUCCACAUGUUGUGAAGCUGGCAGCUCUGUUGCUUUGCACCAAGUUGCUCAGUUGUUUUCGGUUUUGAUUUUUUCUUUUGAUUAUUUCCUUUAUUUUCACUUUAUUCUUUCUGUAAGUUAAGUUAUUUCUUGUUUGAGUGUUGGAUUUUUUUCUGUUGGAUUGAAUAUUUAUAUCUUCCAUUGUUUAUUCCUUCUGUAAUGUCAGUUAUUUCUUGGUUAAAUAUUGGAUUUGUUUUGUAGAUUUACUACUUAUGUGUGUAUUUUGUUAGAUUUCCUCUCCGUUCUGUUUUCUGUGAUUACUCUUAUACUCAGCCUUCCUUUUGCUUCCCCAGCUGCUAAUCUUCCCCUCAUUGUUCAUACAUGCUGUUCUUCUGCAAGUCUUCUCCUGUUGUAGGUUUCUCCCCCCCCCCCAUUUUUUUUUAUUUAUAAACUGAACUGAAACUCUGUUUUCUCCUUUGCAUUCUGUUCCAGCCCUAAAUCCUCCCAUCUUAACAGUUCUGGGUUCAGAUCCCUGUCAGGGGUCUUGCUGCUUGGCGUUUGGAUAUUUUCCUGUACUUUGAAUGUCGCAGAGAUGAAACUGUCCGGCUUACUGAGAAUUGUUUUGAAGGAGAUUCAUCAUCCACCGAGCAGAAGAUGUGUGGAUGAAAUAUGCAGUUAGGACAGAAUGAAGAGACUUGAAAGUUUUUGAAUUGCACUUCUUUAACGUUUUUCACUUUGAGAAUGAAAAAUGCGAGUAAAGAAUCAGAUUUUUAUUCAAUAUUUUGUUAGAAGCUAUAACUUUUGUGGUUUAUACCUUCAGAGUGGAGAUUAUGAACUAAAGCUGGAGAAAUCCAGCAAUGAUUGCAGUACUUGAUGCAAUUCAGAGGAGGUCAUGCAGUCACUUGAAUCAGGUGAUCUGGAAGGACGACUCACAGCGACCACGGACCAGAACAUAAACUCAAAUCCAGUGAGAUGUGCUGGUAUUAACGCCUUCAGUUUGGAUGCUGCUGUUUGUUAAGCAAUGUUGGGCGGAAAGUUUACCAAGUGUUUCAAAAUUAACACAACCAGAAACUAUUGCAUUAUCAUUUGAAAAUGAGCAGCUGAUUGUAUCGACUGUAGGUAAAGAGCAAUGACUUGCAGCAUCCAUAUUCCCUCCCUUUAAUAAAUUAUGAAUGUUUAAUGAAGCAUAGCCAACAACAAUCAUCUGUGCAAUAAAUGCUGGUAUGGUAUCU